CUUUUAACGAUCGAACAUGAAUUUGGAAUUGAAGAUUGACGAGCCAAAAACCAAACGAUUGAAAUCUGAAAACGAUUAUGGAAAGAAAUUGUGUAAGAAGGAAGAAGACAAUAUGCUAGAAAAUGCAGUUAAAGAUAUUGCUGAUGGAAGAGAAAUUUCUCUUCAAGAACAAGAGUAUGAUGAAUUAAUAGAUAGUAAUAAGAAGGCAUCAACAAUUGUUGACAGUGAUAAGGAGACAUCAGCGAUUGUUGAUAGCGAUGACGAGUCAUUUACAUUUCCCCCUGAUGAGGAUGUCUCGGGCAUGCUGGACGAAGUACAAUAUAAUGGUAAUUUUCCUACUGUUACUGAUCGUUAUUUUACCCCUUAUUACAAAAUGGAUGCGCAAUCACUAGGAAAUGAUACAUGUAUAUGGAUUCAUAGUAAUCGCAUUUGUAUGCUAUCCUUGGCACCUAGUCACAUCAUUUUGCAAGACAACAAAGAUAUACAGAAAGUCGACUUUAAGGUUAGCGAUAAAUUGGAUAGAUCUUUGAACAAAGUCUCAGGUAAAAGUAAGCAUGGUGCACAACCAUUGCAGACUAAUUCGAAUAUCUGUACUAUAUUAUGCAAGGAUGGACAAACGUAUGUUAUCAAAUGUUAUAUAGUCGGAAAGUUAAUCGAAGUUAACAAUGCAUUGUCAGAAAACCCACAACUUCUCAAGAAACUCCCACAUAAAGGUGGAUAUUUGGCUAUAAUAUUACCAAAUCUAAAAGUUUUGGAAAAUUUCAAACAAUCAACGUUAACUCAUGACAAAUAUAUUGAACAUAUUAAGGAAAAGGAAAGUAAGCAGCAAUAACGUAUAAAAUAAAUUUAAAUUUAUAGUUAUUAUUAAAAAAAUGACUUGGUUAAGAAUUUCAUAACAAAGAUUAAUAAGAAAUGAGA